GAAAGGACGAAGGUGAAGACAAAAAAGCGGGUUUCUUUGGCAACGUAAAUAAACAGAUAGAACAAGUUUGUGAACAAUUAAAAGAGAAUGAGUAUCUGAGAGAUGGUUUCAAUGCGAUCGGGUUUUCGCAGGGUGGACAAUUUCUUCGUGCUUACGUGCAGCGAUGUAAUAAUCCGCCUGUUCACAAUUUAAUCACUUUUGGCUCACAGCAUGGAGGUGUCUCCGAUAUUCCUGGUUGUGAGAAAAAUGAUGGAUGGUGUCAAAUGAUGCGUUCUAUAACGCGUCGCGGGGUAUAUUCGGGUUAUGUUCGCGGUCAUAUAGUUCAGGCUCAAUAUUAUAAGGAUCCAUAUCGACUUGAACUUUAUCUGAAACAGAAUAUUUUUUUGCCUGACAUUAACAACGAACUUGAAAAUAAGAAUAAGACCUAUGCGAAAAAUCUAGCGUCUUUGAAUAAAUUCGUGCUGAUUCGAUUUACCGAGGAUGUGACCGUCAAGCCAAGAGAUACCGCCUGGUUUUCUUUCUACAAUGAAGAAAAUGAAGUAAUUCCGAUUCGCCAACAACCCUUGUACAAAGAAGAUUGGAUUGGACUGAAAAAGUUGGAUGAGACUGGGAAACUGAUAUUUAAAGAUUGCGACGGACCUCAUAUGCAAAUUGGAUUGGAAUACUUUCAAAAUGAAGUCAUUAUUCCCUAUUUGAGUGAACCUUGGGAUGUUCAACCAGAACCGUUGAUCAUUUUCCAGGAUUAA